AUGCCACCCAGGAAGCGGCAUGACGGGAGCUUGACCAUUGCCUUUCACAAUGUGCUCAAGGUAUCGGCUCUCCUCUUUGUCGGAUUUGGAUUUGGUGCCACCAUGACAUUGACCAAACAGGUGCUCGAUGAUGUGCAACUACAGGAUGUCGAUGGUCGAAAAUUGUCUACUACUGCAACAACUACUGCUGCUUCGAUGGACUCUCCCUCCAUUCUACUACGAGGGCCUCUGGUGGCCACCAGCGGCAAAAUGACACGACCGCCAUCGUUCUUGUCCGAACCGGUACGAGGUGACAACAAUCGACGAUCGGUGGAUCCCAAUGUUCAAGCAUACAUACAACGACUUCAAUCGGCCCAAGACAAGGUGCCGGUACUCACUACUACUAUAGCAACAGAUGACAGUGAUAGUCGAAUGAAUCGCCCUCGUACCAAUAAAGACGUGGACUUUUGUCGAAAUCACGUCUUUGUUACACAGCUCCCCGGUGUCACGGACGAAGAAUUGGACAAAUCCUGCAACCAGCCAGCCGCGAAACGAUUCAACGUCUGUCACGAUUUGGCCGACUUUACCGGUCUCACCAUGGACGAAGUGGUGGUGCGAAUGGCGCGAUUGGAGCACUACCAUUUUGAAGAGGAACACUUGUUUUGGAAUCCCACCACUCCCACAGCGCUGGCAUGGUACUAUUCCACCAGUCAAAGUUAUCUCUUUGCCAAUUCCAUUCAUCCACCGCGAACGGGAUUGUUGGAUCGACUCCAGAAAGGAUUGCACGAACCCGUUUUGGAUUACUCGGGCGGUGUGGGGAAUAGUUGCUUGUAUUUGGCCAUGGACCGGGGAUUGAAAUGCCAGUAUUUUGGAAUUGGCAUGAUUGAAAAGUCCUUUGCGCAGUUCCGUGUCGCCAAGCGAGGAUUACAAGACAUGGUGACCUUUCUGCAUCCAUGGUCGGAAGCAACCGAUUACAAGUUUGAUCCGAUUCAAGGUCCCUUGCCACGAGAUGGAUCGUUGGGGGCCAUUCUGGCCGUUGAUGUGUUGGAACACAUUCCGGCAUAUCAGCAUACCGUCGCGGCCAUGGUGGAUUCCCUCCGAGUGGGUGGUGUCAUUAUGGAACGAACGCCCUUUGCCGAUCAUCCCGUCAGGGACGACCGAGAGUCGGAUACUCGUAUCCAUGUCUACCAUGGUGGCAUUACCAUGGAGCAGGCCAUGGGAGAUCGAAUGGUGUUUCGAGAAAAGGAAGGAUACUGGGAGAAGAUCAAAGCAUGA